AUUAUUCAUAAAAUAGUCGCCAGCAUGGAUUACGAUUAAAAAGUUUAUUUUUUCUAUUAUUGUCCUACACACUGAAAAAUGGAGUGUUAACGAAGCAUAAGAAAUGUUUUGUAAUUUUAAGAAUGUUUGAUCACAAAUUUUUUUCCACUGAUUUUUUUACAUUAUUAAAACUAAUAAAAAAACUGACUUAGUAGUAUUAAAUUGGUAUAUAUCGAGAUCCCAUUUGUGAUAUUUUAUUACACAUCUCUUCCAGUCUCUCACUCUUUGUCCCUCUCUCUUUCUCUAUUACUCUGUCUCCUCUGUUCCGGCGAUGUUCCAACACGCGCCUUCUUCCAUUUCCCUCAUCAUCAUCUUCCUCUUCACCAUUCUAUCACCCGUUUCACCUGAACCGGUCACAGUCCAGCCAUUCCGGGUCAAAUCAUCCCCACCCGCAACCAUACCCGCUUUCCCGGAGCAAUCCGAUUUCUCCGGCUGCCCACUCGAUUUACCAGAAGACCUCUUCCACGGCAUCAAGUCAGCUUGCAGCGGCAAAAAGCUCCACAAAGGAAAAUGUUGCCCCGUACUAGGCGCGUGGCUCUACUCUGCUUACUCAACCACUGCUCUAAGCCGUUCGAUUUCCGCCGCCGCAAGAAACUCAUCCUCCUCCUCCGCCGCGGUAACGACUCCUGAAGAAGAUAUGCCUUUGCUUCCCGAUGACUCGGAGACUUGCGUUGACGGAUUAGGGAAAUCUCUGAGGCAGAGAGGGAUUGAGCUCACUAGACCGAACGAGACUUGCGACGUCGUUUACUGCUACUGUGGAAUCAGAUUGCAUCCGUUGAGCUGUUCCGAGGCUUUUAGAGUGAAUGAUGAAGGGAGACUCGUUGGAGACGAGAGAGUUGAUAGAUUAGAGACUGAUUGUUUGAGUGGAAGCCACAACAAUGCUGAUGGAUUCUCACCUCUUCUUGGUUGCAACAAGUGCUUGAACAGUCUCUAUAAGCUAAAUCCGAAGAAAACUUCAGGGACAAGAAACCCAUCAAAGGAAGACCGAAACAGAACAGCAAAGAUGCACAACAAAGACUGUGUCCUCAUGGGUCUCACUUGGCUUCUCGCUAAGAACCGUACUGCUUAUUUCCCCACUGUCACUUCUGUCCUCCGAGCCGUCAUGCUGAACCACGAUGGCGUGCCACGUUCAUGUGCUCUCGGCAGCGACGGCAUGCCUUUAGCCGUCGAUUCUUCCGAAUUCUCCAACGGCUCGCCAACUUCACUUCAGUAUCCGCACCACUUGGUCCACUUCUUACUUUACAGCGUUAUCACAUUAGUCCUAAUAAGGUCGUGGUGACGUGGCACACCAUGGUUGGAUUUGAUUGUGACGUGGAGCACGUGGCAUUACGUGGUUGGUUGAGAGAAGUGAAAUUCAGAUAGAGAGAAAGAGAGAGGGCUUUGGUUCUGUCUUUGUAAAUUAGUUUUUUGGUGUCGUUGUUGUUUUAGUAGCCAUGUUCUUUAACAUUUUAUUACAUCAAAAAAAUCUUGUUGUAUUUUGUCAAUUAAAUAUUGAAAAAUCACAAUUUGAAAAUAUUUCAACAAUAUUUUCGGUCAUAUCAAAUUAUAUGAGCGCAAUCAAUAUAAAUAUAUCAGUUUUUGGGAG